AUGCUUAUGGAUGAGAGAGGGAGAUUUAAAGACCAGAAAGUUGUGGCAGCUCCGGUCAAAUCUCAGAGAGGACAAGAUGAACAGAAGCUCAAGCCCCAGCAAUCUCCAUUGUUUCAGGGCUGGGGAGAGAAUCUAUCGGAUGAGGAUCAGGAGGAGGCACAGGCUUUGUUUGAGAAAUAUGGCUACAAUGUUUUCCUCAGCGAUCGUCUGCCUCUCAACCGAGAGCUACCAGAGACACGUGAAUCCAAAUGUUUGCAGAAGAAAUACCCCAAGGACCUUCCUAGUAUUGCUGUGGUAUUGAUCUACCUGGACGAGGCCCUGUCUAUCAUUAAGAGAGCAAUCUGCAGCAUCAUCAACCGAACCCCUGAACACUUGCUGAGAGAAAUCAUUCUGGUGGACGACCACAGCUCCAAUGAUGAUCUGAAGGGGGACCUGGAUGUCUAUAUCAAAUCCAUUGAGGCGCAGAAUCCUUUGUUUCGCAUGGUCAGAGUGAGACAUGUUGAAUCACUGGGUUUAACUCAAGCUCGCAUCUCUGGGUGGAGAGCUGCUACUGCGGAUGUGGUUGCCAUUCUAGACGCUCACAUUGAGGUCCACAAGGAGUGGGCGGAGCCUCUGUUGACUCGUAUCAAGGCAGACCGGACAGUGGUGGUCUCCCCUGUGUUUGACAGGGUGAAUUACUAUGACCUGGAUGUUGUCCAUUACGUCCCAGCGGCCCAUGCUUUUGACUGGGCUCUAUGGUGUAUGUAUGAGUCCUUCAGGCCGGAGUGGUACCAUCUCAACGACACGUCACUGCCAGGAAAGAGUCCCUCUGUCAUGGGAAUCAUGGUGGUGGACAGGAAAUUCCUGGGUGAAAUCGGUGCCCUAGAUGGUGGAAUGAAAGUGUACGGAGGGGAAAAUGUCGAGCUAGGUGUGCGGGUGUGGCUGUGUGGAGGAAGCAUAGAGGUAGUGCCUUGUUCUAAGAUCGCCCACAUUGAGAGGAACCACAAGCCUUACGCACCUGACCUGAGCAUGUCCAUGAAGAGGAAUGCACUGAGGGCAGCAGAGAUCUGGAUGGAUGAGUACAAACAUAAUGUCAAUAUUGCCUGGAACAUUCCAAUUAAGGAUCAUGGAAUAGAUAUCGGGGAUGUGUCAGAGAGAAAGAAGCUCAGAGAAAAGCUGAAAUGUAAGCCCUUCAAGUGGUACCUGGACAACGUUUAUCCUCAGUUGGACACAUGGGACAAUAUACUGGCCUAUGGAGGGAUGAAGAACUUGGAUGCAAACAUAUGUAUAGAUCAAGGACUUUUUCCUGGUCAUACACCCAUAGCCUUCGACUGCUUUAACUAUGGCCCACAGGUAACUCCUUACAAUACUGUCUCUUACUGUUGCAGUUAA